ACUGCAAGUACCUAACAUUGGCCGUUUUCUCUUGCAGUUGUUUAGCUGAUAGCAUAAUGAUUGGUUCUGUUGACAAAAAAGUAUGUGCUGUUCUACUUCUCAACUUUGUUUGUUCGGUAUGUAUUGUCUUUUUCAACAAGUGGUUGUAUGCAAAGAUGGACUUUCCGAACCUGACGCUAACCCUUCUGCACUUCGUUUGCACAAGCCUGGGACUGUUUGUGUGUAAACAAUUAAAAUUGUUUGAAGUGAAACGGAUUCCACUAAUGCAGAUUCUACCACUCGCAGUAACUUUUUGCGGGUUUGUUGUUUUUACAAAUUUAUCCUUACAAAACAAUACAGUGGGUACUUACCAAAUGGGGAAAUUGCUCACAACACCAGUGCUCAUUAUUAUACAAUCCAACUUUUACAAUGUGAGCUUCUCUGGGAGAAUCAAAUUCAGUUUGAUCCCUAUCUCUAUUGGUAUUUUCAUUAACUCAUACUAUGACAUUAAGUUUAAUGUUGUUGGAACAGUGUUUGCCCUCACUGGUGUGAUAGUAACUUCAAUUUAUCAAGUGUUGGUUAAAAACAAGCAAAAAGAUUUGGAGGCAAAUUCAAUGCAAUUAUUGUAUUACCAAGCUCCAAUGUCCUCACUAAUGCUCCUCUGCCUUGUCCCAAUGUUAGAACCUGUUUUCACGGAGGGUGGUGUGUUUGGUGGUGGGCUUACAGCAGGUGCAUUGACAUUGGCUCUGACAACUGGUUUAAUUGCUGUAUUGAUUAACAUUACAAUAUUCUGGAUUAUCGCCAAUACAUCUCCAGUUACAUAUAAUAUCUUUGGUAACUUCAAGUUUUGCAGUACAAUCAUUGGUGGUGUCGUUAUAUUUCAUGAUCCUAUACAUGCUUAUCAGUUCUUGGGAAUCUUGAUCACUUUGUCGGGUGUUGCACUUUACACACAUGAGAAAUUAAGACCAAAACCAGCUGAAGAAAAAUCAAAUGUUGAAGAACCAGAAGAAACUAUAAAAAACAAAAAUGUUGUUUAGAGCUACACAAUGUGCAUCUACUGUGUGUAUAAUAUUUAGAGUAUUUAAAAUGCCUCUAUUAACAAUCGCUUGUUACACAUAGAAAACUACCAACUGUUUUAUUAAUGCUUGCCUUAUAAUCGCUGCUUAAAUAAACACCCCCCACUUUUUGUUGUUCUGUAUACAACUCGCAGUUUAAAUAUUACCUGGCUAUUUUGUUUUGUACGAUACCAUUUUACCAUAACAAUGAGUGGGAUUCCUAUAUCUGUGCAGUGAAAACGCAUGAAAGCUCUUUUUCUAUUUACAGAUUUUUGCUGAAGCAUUUACCCUAUUUUAUGUGCAUAAUUAUGUUUAUUAAUUAUUCGGCGCCUUUAAAUUGUGUCACAGUAUUUACAAUUUGCAGUUUUAAAUACAUAAUUGUAUUUUGUAAAGGUUUUUAAGCCUGUCUUUGUUGAUUUUACUUGUCACGUUAUUUUGUAUAUUGUAAUCUAAUCCCAUACCACGGCUACACAUUUACCAAUAAAUUUCCAGGACACUUCGGUUGAAUCUCCUGUGAC